UGAUAUUUUUUUCUUUUUUUUCAUUCGGGUAGGUAUACUAAAAAAUCUUAAUUUAAAAAGUUUUGGUUGUGGACGUGGCCAGUCGUUUCUCGUAGAUCGAAAUCCGUUCUCUGCCUCGUUUUCACCGCUGUGGAUGACGUCACUCAGUGUUUCAGCACUACUGCGCUGUCCAGCCUCUCUAACCAUACUCUCCUCAACCGCUAUUCGGGUGCGAGCAUUCUCUUCACGGGACAGCUGGUAGGAAUACUCCUGGCUGCCGCGCGAGACAAACUUUCCCCUCAAACGAUUCAUCACUGCAAUCCUAACAAUCUGUGAUAGCGCCACAGAGCGCAUUCUGCUGAGAUUGUGGAAAGCGGAUCGGUUCCCGGUACCGCAGCCGCAGUCCAGGAAGGAGCUGGCUAUGCUGUUUCUCUUUGCUUGAUUUUUUGGGAGGUAGAGAUUUGCUGCGACUCUGUCCGUGACAUUGCGGUUGGGAGAGCCGCCGGUGGACCACGAAGAUGGCGGAGAACGCUGUCAACACCGCUGUCAGUACAACGACAGUUACUAAAGUCAUGACAUCACCUUUAACUCCGGAAAAGAAACCCCAAAGCAAUGGCCAUGCCUCACCAACUUACCAGAAAACCAACCAAGGCAGCCCUUCUAUAAAACAGAAUGAUGCACUGGCCCCACCCACUGUUACAGAAAAGAAAACUCAGACCAAUGGGCACGCUUCACCUUCACGCCAUCCGGCUAAUACCAACGCACAUGCAGGUAAACAAUAUGUGGAGGGCUAUUUGAAGACAGAUGAUAGGAUGAGGCUUGCCAAAGAGAGACGUGAGGAGAGGGAGAAGAGUUUGGCUGCACGGGAGCAAGCUAUAAAGGAGAAGGAGAGGCGAGCACAGCUGCAGUAUGAGAAGACGGUGGAAGAGCGAUGGAAGCGGCUGGAGGAGCAGAGACAAAAGGAAGAACUUCGCAGGGCAGCCGUGGAGGAGAAGAGAAGACAGCAGCUAGAAGAGGAGAAGGAGCGUCUGGAGGCUCUGAUGAGGAGAUCACUUGAGCGCAGCCUUCAGCUGGAGAACAGGAAUAAACGCUGGGUAUGGGGUCCCAACGGCACUGCUCAAGGUGACUGGGAGAAUGCCCCACCUCCUCUCUCUGCUGCCUCCGCCCUCUCCCAUGACCUCGCUGCCCCCUCUCCUCCUGUCAUCGAAUCAGGCAACGCCCAUCAUGGUCAUCUGAUCUCUAUGGACAAACUAAAAGUGAAUCGCCUCCUCACACACACGCACUCCUCACUGGCUCGCUGUAACAGUCCUGCAGAGCUGCAUCUGUCCUGUCUGCGCUGCAAAGUGCCCCCCAGUCCUCACAGGUCACCGUAUCGAGGGUCACCAAGCCGCCGCAGAAACAAUCCUGUGCCAGUAGAAGAGUCCAGUGGAGCUGUCAGUGCCCCCAGCACCCCUAAGAAGGAAAGAUUGCGUAGAGAGAGGAGGACUGGCUCCCCGGCCACAGGCUCACCAGUGAGGCGAGCAAAAUCUCCUGCUGAUGUUACCCGCCGCUCUGCCUCACCUGCCACACCCAAGUUAUUACCUAAGAAUCGUACUCAGUCACCAUGUGCAGUGCGGCAGUAUCCACCCUCCCCUAUGAAACACAGACCCGCCACACCAGUUAGUGACAACAACAGGAAGACACAAGACAAAAAAGCAGAGGAUGUCAAAAGUCAGGAUCCUAAGGAGGGGCCUAACAAUGAAAGUUUGGAUAAGGCACCAAAAAUGGAGACACCUGUUUCCGGCACACCACCUCCAGAAAGAAGAACAAUAAAGACAGAAAAUCACACUAAUGGGGCAAAGGAGAAGAAAAGUGUAGUUUUGGAAAAUCAACAAAAAAAGAAUGACAAUAUGGAGACCCCUGAGAAAAACCAUUCCAAAUCAAACUGUAAUGAUUUGACUUCAAACAAGUGUGCAGAUCCUUCACCUGUGAACUCUCCUGGAAAGGUGGUUACUGGAACGACAGAUGCUGAGGAGGCGUCUCGUCUGCUUGCAGAACGCAGGCGUCUGGCCAGAGUGCUGAAGGAACAGGAGGAGAAACAACGCAGGGAACUGGAGGAGCAGGAAAAACUAAAGAGUGAGCAACUUAAGAAGAGGCAGCUGGAGGAAAGAGCUCGACAGGAAGAGAAGAAUCGUCAAGCAGAGGAGGAGAAAUGUAGACAAGAGCAGCAACAGAAGAAGAGAGAGCAGGAGGAAAAAAGAAAGAAAGAGAAGGAGCUCCAGGCCCAGAUGGAGAAAGAGAAAGAAGAGGCAGAGAUACGUGCUCAGAAGGAUGCUGAGCGUCAGCGGCAGGAGAGAGAGCAUUUCAAACAGCAGGAGGAACAGGAGAGACAACAGCGAAAAAAGAGAAUUGAGGAAAUAAUGAAGAGAACCAGAAAGAGUGACUCAGAGAUGAAGAGAGAGGAUAGCCCAGAGCCCCUAUCUCCUGUUUCCCACCCUGUCUCUCCUCCAGGUGGUAACCAUUUGACCUCAAGUGCUGAGGUCAAAUCUCAGGCCAACAUCAUGCAGACAACCUCUGUGCAUGGCCAAACUUACAAACAGGAGAGUGAAGGGAAAAGACCAGAGAAUGGCUGUAUAAAUAAACAGAUGAAGUCAUCUGCUCACAUACCUGCAAAAAAUCCCUCCUUGAACAGUCAAGUGAACAUUAACCAUUCUGCAGUGAAAACAGAAGAGAAAGGAAAGGUAAGUGAAGAGAAUGCCAAGACUAUUAGACAAGAGAGUGAACAGGUGAAGACCCAAAGUUUACAAGUGAAAGAAGAGGUAAAGCGAGAAGACACAUCAACAGCAAAGGUGCAGGUAACCCCGCUGAAGAGCUCGCCUGAAAACACAGCAGCAAAUAUUACGAGUGUUGUGACUACAGAUAGCAAACCCAAAGUUUCCACCCAAGUGAAAGUCCCUCCAAAUAUGCCCACUCGCAGCUUACAGGAAAACAACCUGACCGAUGGAAAAAACCAAACUAUCACUCAGGUGGCCAGUAACCAAGUGAAAACACCUGUAACUGUGCAAAUGAAUGGACAGGCCACAGCUCAGGGACCCAAGAAGGAUAUCACUGUGAAGAAAUCAGACAUCCCUGAUGCCAAUAGACAAGGGACCUCAACGGUAACUGUCCCACAAGCAAACACUCUCACUCAGACUGGUGGUCAUAUGAUAACACAAUCAAAGGAGGGGGGAAAAGACCACCAACCCUCUUCCUUGACCCCAUUGCCAGAGUCAAAACCACCUCUGCCUCUUAUACAUCUGGACACUUUGGAAGGGAAGAGUGGAGCGGCAGAGGACUCUGCAGAUGAAGUGCAGUACAUGGAGGUUAGCCCCGUCUCGAAAGAGGAAUUAAUCUCCAUCCCAGAAUUUUCCCCGAUGAACUCUCCCCAGCAGAAUGGAAUGAGUAACAUGCGUGCUCUAGAGGACCUGUUGGAUCUGACGGGGCAAGUAGCUUAUCCAAGACUCUCUCCUGCUGCCAGCCUGGGCGACUGCAACAAGAAUCUAAUAGAAGGGAUCUGUAGCCCUGGAUCUGACUCUAAACUCAUCCCUACCAACCCUCCAGCCUCUGAUAAACACCAUGUACAAUAAGGUACAAAAUCGGUUGAAAUAAUUGUGUAAUCAUGUGUGCAAAUAGACUGUAAGCAAGAACAAAUAUUCACUGCUGUUCAAAAGUUUGGGAUCGGUACAAUUUUUUUAAUGUUAAUUUUGUAUUAAGGGUUUUAUGAAGUGUAAUAUAAUAUUACGCAUAUAUACGCAUUUUUUAAUAUAUUUUAAAAUGUAAUUUAUUCCUGUGAUGGACCGCUGAAUUUUCAGCAGCCAUUACUCCAGUUUUCAGUGUCACAUGAUCCUUCAGAAAUCAGUCUAAGGUUAUGUUCACACUGCGAGCCUUAUUGCUCAAUUUCGAUUUAUUACUCCGAUCCGAUUGUUUUGUGUAGGUGUUCACAUUGUUGUUUUAAAUGCAGCCAGAUCAGGUUCCAGUGCGAACAGAUCAUGGUCCUGGACUGACCCGCAUGAGCAAAAAAAGACGUCAUGCAGCACGCUCUCAUACGGAAGUAAAAAUGGAGGACAUUAAAGUAAGAGAUUACGCGUUUAUUUAUAGUGUGAUCUGCCACCGAAGCCAGCGAAUUUAAGCACAGGCAAUGUAAAAGACAAAGAGAGGAUGCGAAAAAAGAGAGCAGAUUUUAAACAUUUAUGAUACGAGCGCUCAUGUUUUGCUUGUAUAUAGAGCUGUCACUAUAAUACUUAUGAGUUCUGACAUAUCACUGUCCUUCCACUGACUACCUUUCGCAACUGUUUUGAUAACGUUGGGUAUGUAAAACCUUUAAAGUGACUCCCAUGAGCGCAGAAUUGUGACGAAUGUUGAUCUAGAGUGAUGUAAAAUAUGAUAUGACUGUUCAGACUAAAGUCGCAUUGCAAAACAUUUGAUCAGAUUUAGAACCACAUAUGGAAGUGGCACAAAUCGAAUUGAAAAGAUCAGAUUCCAUGUGGUUCGUGCUGUUCACACUGUCUGAGAAAAACAGAUCUGAGUCACAUGUGAGCAAAAACAAUUGGAUUUGGGCCACAUUUACCUACAUUCUGAAUGUAGUCUAAUAUGCUGAUUUGGUGCUCAAGAAAAAAAAAAAUUAAAUCAGUUUUAAAAACAAUUUCUGCUUAAUAUUUUUAUGGAAACCGUGAUUUUUUUUUCAGGAUUUUUUGAUGAAUGCAACGUUAAAAAAGAACAGCAUUUAUUUGAUAUUAUAAAAGUAUUUACUGUCAGUUUUGAUCAAUGUAAUGUUUUGCUGACCCAAAACGUAAAUAAAUCUCUCACAAUUUAACAGACUGGCCAGUUCCAAUAUAUUCAUAUAGACACGCCAUCAUAAACAUGAUCUAUAUUUCUGCUCAUUUUACAGGUAACGUGACAGACUACAUUGAUGCAGCUGACUGCAAUGAGAUAAUUGCUCAUCUCUUUCAACAGAAAAGGAAAAUAUAGAAAUGAAGAUGCAAAGAAGGGAUAUACUGCUGGGCAUGAGUGCGAAAUGUGUCUGUUUAGUUUCUGUGUUGUCCUCAUUAAAAAUGAUGUCUUUCUGCCUUUAAUAUUUACAGCACAAAAACCAAGUGUGAAGCUCUGGUUCAGUAUUACGGACAGAAUUGAAGUGUUCACUAGAUAUGCGUGUUGUGUGUAUGUUUAUAUGCAAAAAUGGAUGGCCAAAAUUGCUGGUAAGAGGGUUUGGACAUAAUACUUUUAAGGUAACUUGGUAUCUCAGGCCAGAGUUCAACAUUUUCCAAUAACAUUGUCAUCACUGGAUAGAGACAGAACACUGAUUGGUUACUUUUACAUUUUAGGAAGCGUAAAUGUAUAAAGUAAUAAAUAGUGUGUAAUAUUAACUCUCUGUAGUUAGAAAUACAUGAUAAAAUGUUUCUUUGUCAGUUGACUCUUUCUCAUUGGUAACAGUAUUAUUAUGAACUGUUUUGUUGAGUAAUUGCUGUGUAUUUUAAGCUCAACUAACAUCUCCUGCAUUGCAUCACAGAACCUGCAUUGUAUUAAACCCCCAGUUUGCUAUUAAAUGCUUGUAACGCAAGACAUUAGUACUUUAGAGAAAUAUGACCAUCGACAAAUACAGCAUGUAUGUGAUAAAAAAAAUUAAAGGCAGUAAGCCCAUUUUAAAGCCCUAGUUUACCAGUAAUGAACUCAAUAUUAGUGUCAUAUUCUUCCUCCGGUGUCAUCACUGUGUUUAACAAUGUAGUUUCAGUCUCAGAAGUUCUUUUGACAAAUGUAAACCAGUUAUAUUGGAGUCCUGACUUUAUUCCUUGACAUCGAAGAAAGAAAGUGUUGUGGUCCAAACCAAAAACCUAUUGGUGUGCUUCAAGCCUAAACACUUCAUGGACUAUGGGUGUUUCAGGUAUACAUGUCUGGAGUGGGUGGGUAUGAGAGUUAACGGCUUUGUUGUUUAAUUGUUCUAUAUAGUGUGGAUGCACAAAAAAAGCUUACUUGAAAAACUGUAUAAUUAGCCUGCAGGGAACUUCUAAACUUCUCCAAGUGUCUCCGCUUCAAUCUCUAAAUACAGUACAGCAGUGAAGUUGUGAUUACUGUAGAUGAUGUGCAUGGUGGCAUGAGCAUCAAGCCAUAAUUAUAUGCCUAGAAACCAAUAAACUGUCUUUACCAAAUCA